UGUUAAUGUAGUCCGUGUUGCCCGACGGAGGCACUCCCCUCGUGUUAUCGAAACCUAAAUAUUUUCGAACCGUGCACGGUGAAUUGUAAGAUCUGUUGUACUUUUUACAUUUAUUUCGUUGUGUAAUUUUGUUUUUCGUUCGUUUGUGUGCGUUAUUACAAAGUUUUUAUAUUAUUUUUUCCUGUCUCUCGUACACGCGCGCCUGCGCGCGCGCACUCACACAGACAAACACGCAAACACAAACACACGCACACACACCGACACACACACACGCGCACACAUACACAGUCUUUCUGCCCUCGCACAAACCGCCAGUUUUUCGUUUACCCGACCCGUUGGACGCGACCCUCACAUGUCUGACAUAAGGUCGUUGCGAUACCGUUGUCGUUUCAUUUUGGUGGCUACAUGUAAAUGGGCUUAGACUGCUUGGAGAGAUGCUGGAAUCGCAAGAAAUGAGUAAGUAGAUAAUUAUUAUGUACCACUGAACUCCAGGAUACUACUCAUUAUUUAUUGAAGAAUUGCUCUAUAAAUGCUAUGAUUAUAAAUCAUUAUUAGCUUAUAAAAUAGAAUAUUUUUAUGAACAAAUGAAACAAUAUAUAAUUAAAUACCAUGAAUAUGGAUAACAUGCAAGAUAAGCUUCAACGUCCUAUGAAUAACGAAGAAUACUUAAAUGGGCCUAGUACCAAAAAUAAUGCAUAUAAUCAUUCAAGAGACUCGACAUUGUCGGAUACUUUGGAUUUAGGACCACUCCCACCAAAAUGGGAAAAAGCCUAUACCAAAAAUGGUGAAGUUUAUUUUAUUGAUCAUAAUUCUAGUACAUCACACUGGUUAGAUCCGAGAUUAUCAAAGUUUCAAAAGAAACAAUUAGAAGACUGUUCUGAUGAUGAACUUCCUUAUGGUUGGGAAAGGAUUGAUGAUCCACUUUAUGGUACAUACUACAUUGAUCAUGUGAAUAGACAAACACAAUAUGAAAAUCCUGUGCUUCAAGCUAAAAAUGCUAUACAGGGAGAUCAAAUUGAUGAGCAACAAGAUAAUAUUCCAAAUUAUACUUCAAAUAGUUUUGAAAACAUUAACUCAAUAAAACAAGAUUCUGGUAUCAGUAGUAAUAUAUUUACUACCAAUCCACACAAACUAGUUGGAGAACGGAUUCGUUCAACUCUUGUAAAAUCAAUCCGUGGAUUAGGAUUUACUAUUGUUGGAGGAGACGAUUCUAAAGAAGAAUUUCUUCAAAUUAAAUCUGUUGUGCCUAAUGGACCGGCAUGGUUAGAAGGGAAAUUACAAACAGGAGAUGUGCUGGUAUAUGUCAAUGAUAAAUGUGUACUUGGAUACACACAUCAUGAUAUGGUUAGCGUAUUUCAAGGCAUCAUUCCUGGUGAAACUGUAUGUUUAGAUGUAUGUAGAGGUUAUCCUUUACCAUUUGAUCCAAAUGAUCCAAAUACAGAAGUUGUUACAACUGUUGCAGUUGGAAAUUCGGAACGGCAAUUAGAUGAUCUGUCAUACGUUGAUAGAGAACUAUACAUGAUGAAAGUUGAUAAUAGAUCUACGUCUAAUGAAUUAUGUAAUCAGUCUGUCAAGUCUAUGCCUGAUUUGUAUGCUUCUGAAGAAAUUAUGAGUAUUGCCAGACCAAAUAGUACAGAUCUUAUCUUAGAAGAGCAUAUGCCUGCUCCAUUAUACCUAACAAUGGCAAUAGUGAAAGGUGCAAUGGGUUUUGGAUUUACUAUAGCAGACAGUGCUCAUGGACAAAAGGUUAAAAAAAUACUGGAUAAACAAAGAUGUCAAGAGUUAAUGGAAGGUGAUAUUCUUAUUGAUAUAAACAAUAUAAUUGUGCGGAACAUGUCUCAUAAUAAAGUAGUUCAAGUAUUAAAAGACUGUCAAACCAAUGAAUCCGCUGCUAUUACUAUACAACGGUGCAUUCUAAAUUCACCGGAUAAAUUCCGUGUUAAAAACAAAAAAGGAGAUAUAAAAAACAUGUAUAGAAGUAAAACUCCAACGAUUGAUUCAUAUGGUGAUCGAACACAUGAAAUCAACAGACCCAAAACGCCAAUUAUUGAUAAUAGAACACAAGUUUCAAACAUUCAAAAUAACAUACAUGAAAAUGGAUCAUCUGAUCCAUAUGCAAUGAAUAGUAUGCCACUUGAUGAAUAUUGUCAUAGAGGUGAUUCAUGGAUGCAUGUAAGUUCACCAUCAACCCAAAUGUUUCUUCCUCCAUCAAUUUAUAACGGAGUGAUUGAUCCUUCUACUGGACAUUAUAUUAACCUACAGCCUGAUCAUUCUAAUGGACUUUAUAUUAAUUCACAAUCUGAUCAUUAUUCUAAUCAUUUAUCUAAAUCAAUUCAAAGUAUGAGCUUUGAACAUUAUGAGAUGAAUGCGUCCAAAAAUGAAGUGAGGUAUUUACAUAACAACAAUGAAAUUAAUGAAAUUGAUCAACUUAAUAAUGAAAAUUUGAAACAAAAUAUCAGUUAUGUUACACUUCAAAGACAAGAAUGUGGUUUUGGAUUUCGAAUUGUCGGUGGAAAAGAAGAAGGCUCGCAGGUAUCAGUUGGUCAUAUUGUUCCUGAUGGAUCUGCUGACUUAGACAGAAGAAUAAUGACUGGAGAUGAAAUAAUAAGUAUUGAUGCUCAAUCUACUAUAAAUACAUCUCAUGAUUAUGUUAUUAAUUUGAUGGGCCAAGCCGCUCGUAAUGGUCGAGUAACUUUGGGUAUUCGGCAUAAAUCCAAUUUAAAGCCCAAUUAUAUAUCAAAUUCUACAAAACAACAUCUUGAUAUUGAAUAUCCUUACGAUGUAACAUUAACUAAAAAAGAUAAAGAAGGAUUUGGAUUUGUAGUAAUUUCAUCAUUAAACAAAGGACCCACUAUUGGUCGAAUUAUUGAAGGCAGUCCUGCGUUUAGAGAUGGCCAAAUUCAUUUGGGGGAUCAUGUCCUUGCCGUCAACAAUACAAAUAUAACUAACUUGUCGCAUGGAGACAUAGUAAACAUGAUUAAAGAUUCUGGUUCAACAGUUACACUAACCAUUGGAACGCCUAAUGAUGAUACUGCUAGUACAGUUUCUCUACCAAUGUCAAACAAAGACCAAGAUUUAGAAGAAGAACAAUAUCAUGCGGUUGAAUUAACGAGAGGGCCUCAAGGAUUUGGUUUCAGUAUAAGAGGUGGUCGUGAAUUUCAAAAUAUGUCUCUAUUUGUGUUACAAAUUGCGGAGAAUGGACCUGCAGCUAUUGAUGGGCGUUUAAGGGUAGGAGAUCAUAUUAUAGAAAUCAAUGGAGUCAAUACUAAAAAUAUGACACAUGCUGAAGCCAUAGAAAUCAUCCACAGUGGAGGAUCGUGUGUACGGCUUCUUAUUCGUCGUGGAACCAGGGUGCCACAACUACCUUCUGAAGAAGAAAUGUUUACAUCUGCUAAUAUGAAUCAAUCUGUGAUUAAUUUAGAUAAUAAAAUGAAUAUGUCUCAUUCUAUAUCCUCACUACAGUCCAAUUCAAGAGCCUACUGGGAUACAAAGUAUAUGUGCUCAAACUGAUUAUCAGGAACUGUUCAAAUUGAUAAUUAUAUUUUUAA